GAAUAUUUUUAAUCCGAAAACUAUAUCAUAUUUGCCAAAGUGUUUUCCACUUCCGUUGCCAACAUGGCUUUUACUUUGUAUUCACUUUUAGAAGCCACCUUACUUUGUCUUAAUGCGAUCUGUAUCCUCCACGAGGAAAGGUUUCUUUCCAAAAUUGGUUGGGGUACAGCAGAACAAAGAGGUUUCGGUGAACAACCAGGCAUAAAAGCGCAGCUAAUUAACCUUGUGAGAGCAAUACGAACAGUGAUGAAAAUUCCACUGAUUGGAUUAAAUGUACUCACAAUUGUUGUUAAGUUACUAUUUGGUUAAAGACUCUUGAACCUAUGGCAAGUUCAUUCAGCUUUAUCAUGCAGAAGGAAACAAACACUACAGCUUCUACAAAGACCAUUGCAUUCAACAACAGCUGCAUCAGUAAUGGUAAAGCAAUGAAGAACUAUCUACAAACUUCUUGUUGACAUCCUAUAUAAAAGAAACAUUUCUUCAGUCGUAGAAGUGAUACACAUAUAACUAUUUAAAUAUAUAUAUAUAUAUAUAUAUAUAUAUAUAUAUAUAUAUAUAUACACACACACACACACCACACACACACACACAUAUGUAUAUGUUCCACUGCAUGGUGCUUCAAUGUUUUACUGUUUCUGUUAACAAUCAUAAUGUCUAAGAGCCAUUUUAUUGUGUUGCAAUAAGAUUAUUAGUGUACAUUAAUUUUUUUUUAUUCUGUGUUUUUUUACAAAAAUGCAUUACAUUAUUUUCAUUUCCAAAGAACACAUAAAGAAAAAUACCAAACAAUAAUGUUAAUUUUUAAAAUUCUUUAUUUUUUUUUUUUUUACUCUCUCCUCAGAAACUUUCAUAAAAAUAUAUUCUUAUGGCUUAUCCACUACCAACGAAAUUAUUUGUUAUUUUCAACAAUAUUUACUGAUAAAAUUAAUAUUUUGGAUUUGAAUUUUUAUAUAUUUUCCAAAAUAUUUACUUAUAUAACUAGUUUGUUAUCUCUGCAUGCAUACAUAUAAUGACUUCACUUUUAAGUUAAGUUAAAACUAUUUGUCUUCAAACUUCCUGAAAUGAACCCCUUCUGUUGCGCUCUGGUCUCUUUCUGCCACAGAUUCUGCUCUUCUGUUCUUCAAAACUUGAAGCAAUACCAACGAUGUGUGCUCACCUCUCUCUAUCCUUCUUAUAUCUAUCAUUGAUUUAAUCAUCAAACCCUUUAUUAAAUAGACUGGAAUUCAUGCCUCAGAUCUCUCUAAAACAUUCUUCUUGCAAUGGUCUCCCUUCCAAAUAGUUUAAUGAAAUUGAACAUCACUAAACUCAAGGACCCUAAAGGUGUCUGAAAAGGUUAUGGGCACACUUCAUGCUUCCUCCAGACAGCCUAUAAACAAACUAAAGGCAUUAAAGACUUUCAAUAAUUUGGUCUCUUUUGGGUGCUAAGUUUACUAAAUACAUACAAACCAUACAUACAUGUCUCUAUAUACAUAUAUUCACACACAGACACAUAAAUAUAUAUUUACAUACACACACGCACACAUAUAUAUAGUGUGUUCAAAUCUUACAACAGCUAUAGUGUUCUCUCCAGGGUGGCAGACAGCUCUCUGCCUUGGGUUAUUUUCCUACUUCAGAGAUGAGUUGUUUGUGGUAGAAAAAACUACAACAUUCAGCCAUAAAAACAAUUCGUCUAAAAACUAAAAGGUAAAACAUGUUUUCAAGAUAAAAAUAAUGGAUGUAAAAUAAAUCUGUUUAUAUUAAA